AUGUGUUACUUAUUCUCAGGACUCAGGAUGUGGGUGGUUUUGUUCUGCUAUCUGUUAGCACAAGCGAAAACGUACCCCUUACAAGGUUGGCCAGUUUACUCUCAAACGCCACGAGAAUAUCCUGAUGAUGAUUAUUAUUACGCCCCAAAAGUCCAAUACUAUUAUGAUGCUCCAGCCAUUAAUGUACCUGAAGUAUACGGUCAAGUUCCUUACACAUAUUUUUAUGAUCCUUAUGGCCAUUUUGCAAAUGAAGAGCCAAAACGACAAGAAGAACGGCUAGCCGCAUUGCCCAUCGGUCAAGAGACAUGGUAUGAAAGCGAAUCAUCUCCUCGAUGGAGGUCUAAUAAUAUUGAUGACGUCAACGCAGCCUUCCUAGACAAUUUAAUUCUUACUCAAAUGGCUCAAGACGCACAAAGGCGGCGUCAGAAUGCUCGUGCUGCUUUUUCGCAUAUGAAAUACGAAGAAAAAGAGAAUGAAGAUGAAGACGUUAGAGAAUUGAAAGCUCUCGCUGGCAAACCAUUUUAUCACGUACCCAAAACAGUUCCUAGAAUUGAAGAUGAUGAAGAAUAUGUGGAUGAUGAUGGUGAUGCUGAUUCAUUUAUAAACUGGAAUGGAAAUAAGCGGAGUUUGACUACUGCCGCCCCGGAGAUCAGCACAGAGCAAAUACAAGCUGGGCAGAAAGAAUUUGUUAUGCCACGACCAGCACAAAUCCCUCACAAUCAUUUAAGUUCUCAAUCGAUCCAGGAUAAAAGAAGCUCUCCAUUCUACAAAACUAUCACACAAUUAAUUGAAAAACAAAAUAAAGAAGCUUUAAAAGAAAGAAGAAUUGAAAAACGCUACGUUGCUGCUGAUUCUGACCUUGUAGGAGAACUUCGAGGACUAAAACAUCGUAUUGCAACU